UAAUGCGUAGACCCUGGUUCAGGAACCGGCUUUGGAGCAUCUCGACCUGCUCCGCACGAUGAUCUUUUUGGGCCCCGUCCGCAGGCAGACGUUCGCAUACCGCGUCAGAAAUGAUUGCACUGCUUGUAGCCUAUUGCACAAUAAUGUUUGUAGAACGAGGAGUAAGUAGUAUUCAACUAUUUACUGGCAUUUCGCUUGCGGUUGCGGGCGGCCACUCGUCUCUUGUCUCGCUGGCUCCUCGUCGCUUGUAUCCCUGGGACCCUCGUGAGGAGACUGUGCAAUGGAUUCCGACUAAUGAGGCAUUUCCUCGAGAAAAAGGAGAGGCCCAACCAGGAUAUUCGCUGCCUUGCCGGCAGGCUGCAGCCUUAGCUUUUUGCAGGACGACUGAACAGUCUGCCUUGGGCGGCAAAUUAUUCCAUAAACUGCAAUAAUCCACAACCUGCAAUGCGGCGUUAGCUAGAGCAAUGUAACCAUAUUUGACUUCGAAUGAGUUGGCAUAAAAUUUGGCGAAUGGA